UUUAGGUCCUUCAUCAGGCAUGGCCGAUGGACCAUGUCGAAGAGAGCAUUUCCCAAAGCUUCCAAGAGACAAGCUUUCCCAGGGACAAGCUCCUCAGCAACAAGCUCACCAGCAACAUGCUCCUCGGCAACAAGCUCCUCAGGGACAAGCUUGCUAGAGACAAGCUUCCCGAGCAUAGCCAUCCGCUAUGCGGUUCGUGAUCAGAGCAUCAUUGAUAAAUUCGACACAUUUCUCAACAGCUUCACCGAUGGUGACAGCAAUGCACCUUUCUACCUCUCCAUGGUGAAAUCCAUGAAGGAAAUAGGGUCUUUCAAUCUUAAAGUUGAGUUUGAGCACGUUUUGCAGACUGAUCUGGACAUGGCAAUUGACAUUGUCAACCUCAACCAAAGGAAAAAGAGGUUUCUGGUCGAUCAGGACCUUGGUACUGCAGAAGAGCUAAAUCAAAGGGGAACCCUGGAAUUUCAGGCAAUGCCACAAAGCAUCAAGCGUGUAAAAGAAUAUUUUGUAAAGAAACAUGAUCCGAUCAAAAUUGUGAGAAACCUGCUGGGCCUAGGGUAUGAUGUGCAUACCUUGUCGAAUUUGACUAAAGCACUGCUGCGCAGAUUUGCAGAAGAGAUAUUUCACACCCAUUCUGAGUACUUGUCAUGGGAAGGGGGGGGGGGGGAGUUGUGAUAGACCACUCCAAAUUCAGGAUCACAAAAAAACCUUCAUUUGUAUUGGUUGCCAUAGACACGAGAGUUUCACAACGAUGAAGAAAACCUCUUCUCUGCAGUCUUCCUUCUGGAACCAAUUUAUGACUGGCAUAGUGAUGCUGCCUUUGGUAGUGUUGAGCUGCUCAGGGAAGUUUAUGCACAUAGUUAUGACAGAGAAGAUGCUAUGGAGAAAACAAGAAGGGCGAGGGUGGAGAAAACAAGAAGGGCGGUGAUGGAGAAGCUUCUGAACAGGACGUACUGCAAAGAUUCACAUUUGACCUCUGGGGGUCCGUGAGAUAUAAUCGUCACCUUCUGAAUCAUAUAGUUGAUCAUUCUGCAAUCAGCUGUAUUCCUGAGAUGGAGGUGUUUGCAUCAAGCAAGAUGGGCCCGUACAUGUCGAAACUUUUGAGGAAUAUGUUGGCUGCCCGCUUAAUCAGAAAACAGAUAUUCAACAGCAUAUGGGAGGUUUACGAAUCAUCCAGUGUACUGACUACAGACGGGUCAAAGGUGAAGCCUGGUCCGCGGUUGAGGUUUUGGUCUUCUUGAUUCUUGCAUUCAUUUGCAGGACUGAGUAGGAAGUAGGCAGAGGUUGAGGCAGAGUAGAGAGGUUGGACCCGGAAAGGCAUUUUGGUUAACUUCUUAGUGUUAGGCUGUUGUUUAUGCGAUGGAUUUCAGCAUUGGGAAAUGCAAAAGCAGAGUUGGAGCUGCAUACUUUUUGGUUAAGUUCCUGGUUUAGGUUAUAGUACUCUUGGAAGGUGGUACAUCAAUGAAUCUUGUCAUACGGUGGAAUUUAAACUACUUCUACAUAUGAUUAGGUCUUAACUCUUAACACUGGCAUUCCUGCCACUGAUGUCAGGACCCAGCUGCUGCGUGCCAUCUCGCAUAAGAUUUGUCCAGUUCUUCUUCAA